AUGAUUGAUGAUCAUAAACAUUUUCAUUCAAUAAUAAGACAUGAAAAAAAUUUAGUACAACCAAUUAGUCAAGCUAUUGAUAUAUUAACUACAAACCAAAUGAAUUUACAUGAUUUAAUAAAAGAUUUAGUUGAAAAUAAUCAGAAUCAUACAAAUCAAGUAUUAAUACAAAAUAUUUUAAAUAAAUUCGAAAUAUUCGAAUUUAUUGAAAAAGAUGGUUUAAUGACAAUAAAAAAGAAUAUUAAUGAAAGUCUUCAAUUAUUAAAAUUCAAUUUAUCUGAUAAUAAUAAUAGUAUCAAUAAUCUACAAUCGCAUGAAAACUAUUUUAACGAUUUAACAUUAUUAAAUUCUUAUUUAUUCAAUCGAAUUCAUUUAUUUAUUUUUUCAUUUUCUUUUCUUCUAUAUAUUCAUCAGAUUUUAUUAUGCGUUUUUCAAUAUUUAACUUUAAAAAAUCCUGAAAAAUAUUUUUCAUAUUCAUUUAUCCUUUCUAUUAUUAUUUUAAGUCAAUCAUUAGCAUUGAUUUAUUUUAUUGAAAUAACAAAAACAUUUAGUUAUCUUUCAUCAUUAUCUAUUUAUGCAUGUAUUUUUUUUAUUCGAAGUUUUAUAACAAUUUAUCAGUAUUUUUGUUCUGCUUAUUAA